GCCCCGCGCGCCGCCCGGCGGCCCGGCGGCGCCGCCGCGGCCGCCGCCGCGGCGGGCGCCGCGGCGGGCGCCCCGGGGCCGCCGGCGCCCGGCCGCAGGGCCGCCUGGAGCGCCUUCGUGGCCGCGGGCCCCGGGAGGCCGGCCGGGGGCGCCCUGGGCGCGUUCGUGGCGGUGGAGGCCGCGCCGACGCCGCGGCAGCGCGCGCCCCUGGUGCGGGACUUGCCGGCGAGGACGUGGCACCCCGACGGGCCGAUCAACCCCAGCGGCCGCAUCCUCGCGGCGGCCCCCGAGACCGCUCUGCGGCCCCGGAGCCGACGCAGCCGCUGCAGCCGGCCGAGCCUGGGGCGGCCCCGGAGCCGCCGCCGGAGGAGGAGAGUACUACUCGGUGGACGGCUUCGAGCUGGACAGGCCGCUGCCGCCAGUGGAGCCGCCCUGCCGGACGACUAAGGACGUCCUGGGCGAGCAGAUGAACGGCAGACCACUCUCGGGUUCAGGAUCGGCGCGUGCCCAGCUGUGCAGCGGCUUGACAGAUCGUGACGGCAAGUGUUUCAUCUGUUUGGACCCUUGGAGCCUCGUCUCGGGCCCGGGGGGGGUGAACAAAGUGUUCACGAAAUGGGUCGAGAGGAAGGCGGCCGGCCUCAACUACUGCGUCAACCAGGGCCAGGACCAGGGCCGACGAAAGAAGGGGAUAGGGCGCGAGAACCGUGCCGAGGAGGACGGCGGGCUCCUGGACAACGCGGCGGUGCAGCUGGGCAAGGACCUGUUCGAUGCCCACGAGCAGGACCUCUUCGACCUCGGCCUCGGCGGCGGCGGCGCCAACGCCUCGGCCCACGAAGAGGCGAAAUCUAUCAACGGCGCACCUGCGGAGGAUAUGCACGACGGUAACCUGUGCGACGAGGACGAGGAGUUGUUCGCCAAGCUUUGCUACAAGAAGUGCAGCCUGAUCACGCACGGCAAAUAUCCGAGACGAACCACCGCGUGGUCCUGCUGCGCGGCGGGCGACGAAACCGAGAAGUGCGGCCUCUUCAACCAAAAGCUCAGCCUCAAAAUCUGCUCCGGGUACGACAUCAGCGGCGACAGGGCGGGCAACGGCUGCCCCCACCCGGCGGGCGCGUGCCUCGAGAACGAGGAGGUCCACCUCGGGCGCUGCUUCAAGAGGUGCAGCGAGCUCACGGACGGCGAGUACCCCACGCGCAUCGCCGCCGCCACGUGCUGCAAGGCCACCGAGGAGUGGAAGUGCCUCGACCCCAGGAACGUGAAGACCCGGUCGUCGUUCAACGUCGGCGGCGGCAAGGGCGACGGGGACAGCCGCACGCCCAGUGGGCCCCACUGGCCGAAGACCGCGUGGACCGAGGCCACGGAGUCCUAG